CCCCCUAUUGUGUGCAAGUUAAUCUUCUGCAUGUGGCUGUAUGACUGACCCGACGGUAUAUGAGAGCCUGCAGUGUGGGCACCUUCUGCAAUUCCGCAGUGGCAGAAAAGAUGACUUUGAGGUUUGAAGCAUCGUGUCCACAGGGGAUCUGUCCUGGAUGGAGCGUAAUUGUAAAGGGCGAGAGAGGCUUCAGUGGAAAGAACUUUGAAAUCAACUUCCUCACCGAUUCAGAAGACAAGACUGCUUUCCAUUUAAAACCCUGUUUUGCUGAAGACACCAUUAUCUGCAACUCCUUUUUGUCAGGUGGCUGGGGUCACGAGGAACGAACUGACCCUUCCCCUUUGGAAGCUAAUGAGCCUUUCCAGAUUGAAAUCCACUCAGACAGUGAACAUUUCCUGGUGUUCAUAAAUGACAGCAUGAGCAUCCAGUAUCGCCACCGAAUGAAGCACUUCUCCGGCAUAACCAAACUGCGGAUUCUGAAUGACAUUAACAUUUCCUCUGUCGAGAUCUCUAAGCGUGAAAUUAAUGAGUAGUAUGGCCAAGUCUGAAAGACCUGCUCAGUACAAGAUGCAAUGUACACAGUUUAGCUACCCACACUCAGAAUUUGGCCUCAGAACUCUUAUUGGCUGUGAUAGUUAUGGCCUUUUGUAUUAUUGCUCUUUGUGUUUUGCUUUAUUGAGUUAGUCUGUAAAUCUAUAUACCUCCUUCCAACUUAUUUCAUUUCAAAAUGGCCUCAGAUUGCAUGCACACCCCCUGCCAUUAGCAAUUAGUUAUUUGUAAUAAUUAUUAAAAAUAAAGUUUAUUUUAGAUUGGCCAUAGAUUGGGCAUUUUUUUUUACCUAUAUGAUGAAGAAUGUAUAAACUUUUUUUUUAAUUGCCAAACAUCAGAUCUAAUUAGACAGGAUUUUUUUUCCAGCACACAAGUAAUGUUGCCAAUCACAUACUGUACACUACAGCCAACUGUGUUCAGGAAAAUUAUUAUUGGAAUUUUAGAAUAUUAUCUUGUUCAUUCAGUCUUAUCUUGAUUUAGUUAGACAUUGUCCCAAACUUGGUCAAGACGUAAAGUGGAAAUAAAGGCAAUUUUUACUCCCCUUUC